CAGACAGAAAGUGGAGACUUGGGGACUAACCAGACCAGACAGCUGUGAGGUCAUGGCAAGUCACUGGAGUGUCACUUGUUUGGCUGCACUAGCUCUGCUAGGCUGCUUGGCUAGCAAGGAAGCAGAGGCACAGAAGAACCCUCACAUGCCUCAGUAUCCCCAGAAACCUCAGAUGCCUCAUUACCCUCAGCAACCUCAAAACCCUCAGCAACCUCAAAACCCUCAGCAACCUCAAAACCCUCACCCUCAACCUCAGAACCCUUACCCUCAACCUCAGAACCCUCAGCAACCUCAGGACCCUCAACCUCAGAACCCUCAGCAACCUCAGAACCCUCAACCUCAACCUCAGAACCCUCAGCAACCUCAGAACGCUUACCCUCAAUCUCAGAACCCCCAGCAACCUCAGAACCCCCACCCUCAAUCUCAGAACCCUCAGCAACCUCAGAACCCUUACCCUCAACCUCAGAACCCCCAGCAACCUCAGAACCCCCACCCUCAACCUCAGAACGCUCAACAACCUCACUACCCUUACCCUCAGCAACCGCAGAACCUUUACCCUCAGCAACCUCAGAACCCUUACCUUCAACCUCAGUCGCAACGUCGAAUUCUGAACCCCCAGCAAUUGCCAUAUGAUGCUUCAAAGCCUCAGUAUCCUCCAUAUCCUAUGCCCCAAAUGCCUGCUAGACCUCAGUAUCCUCAGCCACAGAUGCCUGCUAGACCUCAGUAUCCUCAGCCACAGAUGCCUGCUAGACCUCAGUAUCCUCAGCCACAGAUGCCUGCUGGACCUCAGUAUCCUCAGCCACAGAUGCCUGCUGGACCUCAGUAUCCUCAGCCACAGAUGCCUGCUAGACCUCAGUAUCCUCAGCCACAGAUGCCUGCUGGACCUCAGUAUCCUCAGCCACAGAUGCCUGCUGGACCUCAGUAUCCUCAGCCACAGAUGCCUGCUGGACCUCAGUAUCCUCAGCCACAGAUGCCUGUUAAACCUCAGUAUCCUCAGCCACAGAUGCCUGUUAAACCUCAGUAUCCUCAGCCACUGAAGCCUCAAACAGCCACCAUUCCUCCCUUGAGACCACAAGACCUUUUGAUUCCCAGCCCUAAAAGGUGUGAUGUGCCAACAGCUUCAAGAGUACCAUGUGGAGCUCCAGACAUUACUGCCACUGAAUGUGAGGCCAGAGAUUGCUGCUUUCAAGGCCAGUCUUGCUACUUUGGAAAAGGAGUGACAGUCCAGUGUACCAAGGAUGGCCAAUUUAUUGUUGUUGUAGCCAAAGACGUCACCCUGCCCCACAUUGACCUUGAAACAAUCUCACUGUGGGGAGGAGGUCCAGGCUGUACACACGUUGACUCUAAUUCCAUUUUUGCUAUCUAUUUCUUUCCUGUUACUGCCUGUGGCACUGUUGUCAUGGAGGAGCCUGGCGUUAUAAUAUAUGAGAACAGUAUGACAUCUUCCUAUGAAGUGGGUAUUGGGCCUCUUGGAGCCAUUACCAGGGACAGCAGCUAUGAAUUACUCUUCCAGUGUAGGUACAUUGGCACCUCAGUUGAAACUCUGGUGGUCGAAGUUCUGCUGUUGGAUAAUCCUCCUCUGCCAGUUGCUGUUGGUCUUGGACCCAUCAGAGUGGGUCUGAAGUUGGGCAAUGGCCAGUGCAUUACAAAGGGUUGCAACGAUGUGGAUGCGGCCUACACCUCUUACUAUCAGGACUCAGACUAUCCUGUUGGCAAAGUACUGAGGGAUCCAGUGUAUGUGGAAGUUCAGCUGCUUAACAAGACAGAUCCCACACUGGUUCUGACUCUUGGACGCUGUUGGGCAACUACAGGCCCCAACCCUCAUAGCCUGCCCCAGUGGGACAUUCUGAUUAAUGGAUGUCCAUAUGCAGAUGAUCGUUACCUCUCCACACUGGUUCCAGUGGGUCCUUCAUCUGGUCUGGAAUUUCCAACUCACUACCGACGUUUCAUUUUCAAAAAGUUUACCUUUGUGGACACCAAUUCAAUGGAACCCCUAAGAGAAUACGUGUACAUUCAUUGUAGCACAGCUGUGUGCGUUCCAGGGCAUGGUGUAAGCUGUGAACCAUUAUGUCACACUAUAGGAAAGAGAGACACAGAGGCUGCAGAGGAGAGGAAGGUUGAACCAAAGGUUGUGGUUUCAUCUGGACAAGUGAUUAUGACUGCCCCUCAGGAGCGAGCAGAGUCAACCUAAGCAAUUCAACCGGGAACAUUUAGAAAAAAACACUUUAAAAAUUAAUGCAGUUGUUGAACAGUAAAAAAAAAAGUAACUAUGUAUUUCUAAGUAAAUGAUCGCACAAUAUAUAACCAGCAGUUGAUUCAGUUUUGAAGAUAGAAUGAUUGGUUCUUGUUACUCCUUCAUAUAAAAGUUGUUUACUUGACAACAUGUUUAAAGUUGUAUUUAGUGGUUUUGUUGUACAAUUUUGAAUUGUAUGAAUUCUCCAAAUAUGUCGAGCAUGAAAAAACCAAAUGGCAUCGCAGGAGCACCCCAAGUUUAAAAAGUAAUAGUUUCAAACUUCUGUUGACAAACUGCAUGAAUUAAAAUGUAAAAAAAUAAAUAAAUAAAUCAAUAUAUUUAUAUUUAUAAAUCCAAUGAAACAAAAUGUAACAAAAGUUGAAGAUAGAAGAGUUGCUACAAAUUUUUUAUGUAUACAUUGAAAAAAAACUAUUUUACACGUAAAUUAGGUGCAAGAGGAUCAGUAUUCUUGCUACUGUGACUGAACAAAAUAAACAUUUAGAAGCAAACAAAACCAGAGGUUCUGACUUUUAAAAGGUUACUGUGACCCAAAGAGUAAACAAAAUAGAGUAAAAGAAUUAUGUAAACCUCUGGUUGGAAGACCUUGGCUGGUGAUUAUUUAGCAUCAGUUUGUGCCGGUCAUUGACAACAGGACAUGCUAAGACCCAAAUGCCUCAGCAAACAGCACUUGUACACCUGGAGUUUCACUUGUUUCACAGCACAGACACUGGGACAGAUCAAGGACAGUCAGUGGUGGCUUUCUGCCCAGCUCAGAGGGCACCACAAAGAGAAAUAAUAAAUGUAACUGUUGCAUACUGAAGGUUUUUCAGUAACUUAAUCAUAUAUCAAGUUAACUGAGAAGACUAAUGGGUUGUUUCUGCUUCUUACAUAUUUCAUUUGACCCUCUUUGGUUUACAAUCUUACAUUUAAUCUUUUAGUGCAAACAAACUCUUUAAACACAGUUUGAGAUUCAAAAAACAUUUAUUUCAUUUAGGAAAACAUAUAAAACAGCAUUUCCAAAGUAAUUUGGCUUGUGAACCAUCUUAGGCUAAAACAGAAGUGAAAAGCACAAUAUACAGACCGGUCAAACAAGAUCUUAAGUAAUCUACGAUGAUUUGGACACUUAAAAUUUUCAUCCACAUAACCUAUCCUAUCUGAAUUAUUUUCAGAUCAGUUCUAAAUAUUUUUGAUUAAUUACAAAUUA